ACACAGAAAUAUUUUAAUCACGUCCUCACAUCAAAGAAAACUAAGCCAAGUAUAUUUAUAAAUAAAUAAAAAAUGCUUGACAAACUUAUCGGAGAGUACGGGCAUGGAUACGGCAAUGGGUACGGCCACAAGGAUCACAGAAGCAGCGGCUACGGCUUUGAGGAGCACAAGAAGUACGAGUCUCAUAUGGAGUCAGAAGGAGGCUACUUUGACCGUCAAGCCCGCUACGACCACCGCGUGAGGCUUCCGGUCAAUCACGGCCGUCCACCCAUGGCUCACAUGCCUCCCUGUGAUGAAGAAGACUCCGACUCAGAUGUAGAGGAGUUCUAUAAGAGCAGCCGAAGCCACCACACUACUGUGUUACCGGACCACGGAAAAAUCCACCGCCAACAACCACCUCAUAUGAACUUCAUGCCCCCACCUCCGAUGUCUCAACCUCACCACAAUGGAAAGAUGGGUAAUGGAUGGCAGGGGAGGCAUGAAGAUGCAUACCUCGGUGGGCAUGGGAUGCAGCACCACGGUGAGCACGGGAUGCAGCACCACGGUGAGCACGGGAUGAAGCACCACGGUGAGCACGGGAUGCAGCACCACGGUGAGCACGGGAUGAAGCACCACGGUGCGCACGGAAUGAAGCACCAGGACAGGCUUAUGGCUCCGCAGGUGUUACCACAUCAUGUCUACAUGAACCCAAACAGCGGAGGCGGCCACCACAAGGCCGGGUGGGGGAAUAAGGGACUCUAACUGCAACCAACUACUCUACCGGUUCAAAUAAAAAGUAAUGAUUAUGUAUAAUACCAGUUAACGAAACUAUAAUUAAGAUGUGUGUGUGAGGAACAUGUUUCAGCAUCCUACUAAACCUAAACAUAGGCCUUUUAGCAAAAAAAUAAAGGAAGUGUUCUUGUUUGAGAAACUUAUGAUUACUAAAAGGAGUGUUGUUGUUGCUGCUUAUGUUAAAUAAAAGUGAUGCAAGUAUUAUGAAUUUA